AUGGCCGACGCUACCGAGGAGGAUGCCCAGCCGGGCGGAGCGGGCGAAAGCCUAGUGAUAAUGACCUUUAACAUGCUUGCACCGUGCUACAAGCGGGUGUCGUCAGCGGCUGUGCCUGGCGGGCGUGAGUCUGGGGGCUCGGCGUGGCGGGCGCGGAUGGAGGGUCAGCUAGAGUACAUCGGCGAGGAGCUGGACGCAGUGGAUGAAGCAGCGUACGCGGUCGUCUGUCUGCAGGAGGUGUGGCUGGAGUCGCCCGAGGCGAUGGAGAUGGUGGAGGGUUUUGCGGCUGAGCGCGGGCUGGUGACGCACGCGUGGAAGCGGCCGCGGAAGAAGAAAGACGGCGUGGCGAUCCUGGUUGAUGGCCGGCUGGCCAUCGACGUCGCCGACGCACUCUGCUUCAAGGAUCACGGAAACCGGGUGGUCGGCGCUGUUGCCGUCACCCUCCCGCUGCCCACUCUGGUCACGGUUGUUGUCGCCAAUGUCCACCUCACCUACCCGCACCACGCUGGCGAUCUGCGAAUGCGCGAGGCGCAGGCCAAGGCCUCCCUCGCGUGGCUGGACCAGACGUUUGGCGCAGAGGUGCCUGUUGUCUGGUGCGGCGACUUUAAUGGCGAGGCCACGCAGGACGCCGUCGUCUCCACCAUUGUUGACGCCGGCUUCCUCUCGGCCUACCACGCCAUCCACGGCUCUGGCGAGUCUGCCGGCACCGACCUCGCCCGCCUCGACUUUGUUUCGCAUCAUACCCACGCCGGCACCGAUGUCGGCGUUGACUACAUCUGGACCCGCGGUCCGAGCCUCGCCCCGAUCUCGGCCGAGCUCCUCCCGACCCAUCUGCCGUCCACGGUCUGGCCAUCGACCGACGACUGGCCCCACUCGGAUCAUCGCCCAGUUUUGGCCAUCCUCUCCGUGACGGAGACCACACAACCAGCCGCGGCAGCUGCAGUCGCGAGUGCGCCGUCUGCCGUAAAGUAG